UUAAUUUGUUUAUAUAUAACACUGAAAUUAAGACUCAUAAUCCAACUCAAAAACAGAGAAAAAUAAAGAAACAAUAUGAGACAAGCAGGUGCAUAUUCAGGUAUACUAAAUGGUGGCAUAGGAAGAACAGGUCCACAUUCAUUACCAUUAGCAAGAAUAAAGAAGAUAAUGAAGAAUUCUAGUGAAGACGUGAAAAUGAUAUCAGGUGUAGCUCCAAUUGUUUUCUCAAAAGCUUGUGAACUUUUCAUUGAAGAACUUACAAGAAGGUCUUGGAUUAUGGCUAUUGAUGCUAAAAGAAGAACUUUGAAUAAAGAAGAUGUUGCUUCUGCUGUUAUAGCUACUGAUAUUUUUGAUUUUUUGAUCACUUUGGUUUCUAAUUCUGAUUCCACUGAUGAUACCACUGUCAUGCAAAUGGAAACUAUGAAUUCUUCUUAAUUAGGGUUUAUGCUGCAACAUAUAUAAUGUAACAUCGUCACUUCUAAUUCAGCUGAACGAAGGUGUGUUCAGUUUUCGAUGUGUGUCGUUCGAAAUUGAUAGAUGUGUGUUUACAUUUAAUAAAUAUAUUUUUUCAAAUUAUUAUCAA